GCAAGAGAGAAAGGGGCUUGGGUGUGGACAGAGACAGCUGCUAAGAAGUUGCCUGCCAACACCGGGGUAAAGAUAAAUCAGUGGGGCAGCCUGAGAAAACAUGUUUCUGGUUGAUUUGGGUUAAAAGGAUGUAUUCUUAGGUAAUUUCUGUGAAGAUAUUUAAUCACAUGCACUUUGUAAAGGAAACAAGGUCAGCUUUUAAAUGCAAAUGGACCUGAUUUUAACUGAGAAAGCUCUCUGCCUCAAAGAACAUGAGUAUUUCCUUCUCUAAUAUAGGUAUUUUCUUGAUUUUAUUUCAUAGGGGCUUUUUUUUCAUCAAGUCAUGUACUUUCAUCAGAUACUUGCUUCCUUUGUAUUCUGUUUCUGAAUUGUCUCAUUCUUUCCACUGAUGGCUCAUCUGGUGGAAGAACCAGGAGCCCUUUACAACACAAUAACAAUAAAAAGAAAGAAAAAAAGGCGCAAGUUCUUGCAUGUCUUUUGAAAAUCUCCCUUCUUUAAUCCUCUGCAGCCAUCCAAACACACCCCUUUCCAUGUGAGCCUUUAUUCUCUGAGGUCCUCACUUGUAAUGGAGGCAAGACACAUCCCUAACUUGGUGAAGUACCAGGAGGAAACAGAAUGUGCACCCCUCUCCAAAAUAGUCACACCCUGCUGAAUUUCCCCAGGAGCUCAAAAGAAAAUCUAGACACAAAGUUAUUGAAAUCUUUCAUUCUAGUGACACCUCUACUUCCAAAUAUCUGUGAAUUUAGUCACUUUCUGAACUCAUCUGCUUUCCUAAAAGGUGCAAGAGAAUGAAUGAGGCGAGGGACAUACUCAGAAUUCACUCCACUGCAAGAGUAAUGUAAAGAAAAUGGCCAGUUUGAUGGGGGAUCUCAAUUAAAGUCUCAGGAGUUGAUGGUGACAAUUGCAAUAAUUUCAUUUGAAUGGUGAAGAAUUUUACUACCUAGGAGUUUUUCAUGAAGUCACCGAAGAACAGGUCCUUGGCUGGUACAUAUUGUCCCAGGAUCUGCCUCUGAAAUAUCCUGUUUUCUCACACAGUUAACAACUGAAUUUUUCAUUUCCUUUCAGUGACUAAAUAGACACAGUUUUGGGUUCACAACCCAAUAUGUUUAAAAACUUAUAAGUGUAAAUACUGGUUUCCUUCUGCAGCAAUUAGAGAGUGUCUUAAUCAAAUGAGUUAUAAUUAAAUAUGUGAAGCUGUGGUGCUGGCAUCUCACUAUUUUUGAGCUCAAACAGUCCUAAUUAGUUACAUGAAUAAUACGAUGCUUGAGAUGAGGUAUAUUGAGGAGUGUGUCUAAUACUCGUUUGAUGUAAAAUCCUGGUUGCUCAUUUCAAACAGUCAAACGCUGCUGCCAAGGAGUGCUAUUAAUGGGUGAAGUAUCCAAUUUGUUUCCUGUGGUACCAACACCCACCCCUGAAGCAGCAAUUCUCCUCUGAGAAUGAGUCAAAAAAAAAAAAAAAGUAUUUAAUCACGACUAGCAUUCACUGUAGAGCUCAUCUUCUUUACGCUGAUUGGGCAGGAACAAGAGAAAGUUCUGGAUUGUAAAGAUGUCCUUGGGAAACUAAGAAUCAAGGAGAAUUCAAGAAAUGAAUAGGCAGGGCCUUUCACAGGGAACUUUUUGAAAGGGAAGAAGAGAGGGGAACAAGUAGUUUAAAACUUCAAGUAAAGAUUUCUAGAUAAGAUACAUCAGGUCACAAGUGAGUCAAGAGGAAGAAAAGUAAUUUCAGGAAAAAGUAGGGGAGGUGGAAGGAUAAAGGUGAAGGGUACUUACCAAGGUGGCAGAAGUAAGUUGUAGGGAGUAAUUACGAAAAAAGACAAGAGUUUGUCCCUCUGUGCCAGCAUGGGCUGUGAGAUAAGUAUUUGAGGAGAUCUGGAGGCAGUGUAGGGUGCUGCAGGGGUGGUGCUGUGUCACUGACAGGCUCCAGCCCAUCAGGGCAGCAAACCCUACAGGGUGAAGCUACACAUCCUCAGACAGGACAAAUCUUUGCUGCAAAGUUCAGUAAAAUGAUGCUUUGGGAGACGUAUGGGAAGGGGUUUAACUCCUCAAAGCAAACUGGUUGAUGCCAUUAUAACCUUUUAAAACCCUUGCAUAGUGUCAAGAAGGGCCUGUCCCAUUAGGAAAAAGUAGACAAAGGAGGCACUCUGUUAAUGAAUAUGCCAGAAAAAGACGUGAUAAAAACUGUAAUUGAGAAAACUAUUUAUUUUGAGCUGUUUGUUUAAGCACAGGAGGAUUCCUAAUGGAGCCAUCAGACCUCACUCAUUGGCUAAUAGUUUAAUUAGGCCCAUCUGGUGGAGGCUGUGGAGAGAACUGUCCCAGCUCUCAUAUUGGCAGAGAGGUAAUUUGUCAUCCCGUGGCCCAGUGACUGGCACGUGAACAUCUCUAAAGCCAAACAGAAGCUCAGCAAUCUGUCUCACAUGAGAAUAGCUGAGAGCUAUUGGAGGCAUUUGUGUGGUUCACCUUGGCACACAGAGGAGAAAUGAAACUGUUGAACAGUAUCCUUCAGAUAACCUCAGCAGAGAAAUGCAGGCAGAGCCCCUGAAAGCCAAGUCAGUGUUACCAUUGUCAGCCAACCCAAAUAAAAGGAACAGAUUUUUCCUUUCUUUUUCUUAGCACCCCCUCAGCAUCCUUUCCAUCCAUUUUCCUUUCUUUUUCUCAGCAUCCCCCCUUCUAUCCCCUAAUAAAACAAUAGGGUAAGAAUGUUUUCUAUUAGUUUCUGUUUGGGAGCUUGUAUACUUCAGAUACAAAUUUCACUCCUAGUAUGUUGAGAAACAAGAUAAUUUCUCUUUUGGAUAGGAGGAACUUGCUAUUUUUAAGAAAUCCUAGUUGUACAAAAUGCUAUCCGGUGAUGGAGCUGCAAAUAAAGAAAAGCACUGCAGAGACUGCAUACGACUGUAACCAGUCUGUAAGGUAAGUUGAAAAAACUAUGGGUUAAUUCAGCUAGAGAAAGAAAAGAAUUCAGAAUGCUAACAGUAACUGCCUUAAAAGCUGAAAUCAAUAUUUUCUUCUCAGUCUAGUGUUAUUGUUGGUAUUAGUGUUAUAAGAUGUUAAAACCAUCACUUUGAGAGUAAUAUUUGAGAAAGCAUGGGACAAGAUUCUAACAAAAGUUGUAUCUCACUGUGCCUAUCCACUAGUAUUUAUGUGGCACUUAAUCUAUUACAACCCACUGCCCAUUCCAAAACCCCAAAAGCACUUAAUAUGUGAAAUAUUUUACCAGCUCUCUUUUUACAGGCUCAUGUCAGGUGUUCUCCUGCUGACCUGUGAUCCCUCUCCAGGCUCUGGGUAUCUAUGGCUGGCACUGCCAUCUGACUGGUAGGAGUGGGAUAGACUGAGGUUCCCCUCCCCAGAAACCUUAGUUUAGAGCUCUGUUCACCACCUGGGUAUGCCCACCACCUGAGAUGCUUUUCCCAUCUGCACUGCUUAAACCAGGUUUCUCAAAGUAAGUCCCGUGGUCUUAAGAGCCAAACCCCUGGCUGUGGCACCAGUCCUGUAACCAUUUCCUGAAUCACCAAAUUUGACUGGCUCUUUCAAACCCUUUUCCUGUGACUAGGAGGAUUCAUGAAAAAUUACCUGGGCUCCAGAGUCCCUUACUAUUGCUCCAUGGUGCUUGUGUAUCAGCCCGCGUAAAACACCUGCAGUGGGUAACAGUCAGUGGAUGGUGUGAGGCUUGGUAGUCUCAGGGUGGCACUCCUGGUACAAACCCCAGGUAAGGAAUGUACCUCUCUAGAGCGUCUGUCAGGGCAGCAGAUGGGUGCUUCUGUACCCCUCAGAAGGAAGCUGCCUACCAGUGUCACCACCUGCCUUUUCUUAGUUGUGCUAAUUGUUAUACAGGGAGUAGAUCCAGCUUCAUUACUCAGCCCCAGCAUCUCUCCUGAUGUGACAGGUCUUGACGCUCACAGAGUCAAUAACACUUGAAGAGUCUGAAUAACCUCAGAGGAGGCAUCAUGGCUUAAAAAAAAUCUGUACAUCAGUAAAUCACUAUGCUUUGUGUAUGUCAUCUAUACCUUAAGAAGCAAACAAUUGAGACAAUACAGAGAUUGAAAGGAAUUACUAUUUAAGAACUGAAAGCAGCUGAAGUGAUUGUCCAAAGUAAUCUCAUGAGCAAACAGUCAAUUGUGACCUCUUUAUAUUAACAACUAUUAGUAUCUUUUAAAUUACUUUUCUGUGUCUGGUGAUAUACACUAUCAUUUUCUCAGUGUAAGGUUUUUUUUUAUGGUAUGAUUUUUACAUGGGCUAAACUUUGCAGAGCCAGAGAGCUGUGUUUGAAUACCGUAAGUUGAGCUUGAGCAACCUGAUCUAGAGAAAGGUGUCCCUGCCCAUGGCAAGAGGUUGGACUAGAUGAUCUUUGAGGGUCCCUUCCCAUCCAAACCAUUCUAUGAUUCUGUGAAACUGGAUUUUGCUGCACUUCACACUUUGUCUGGAUACACAUGCCAUCUCAGAUUCACAGACAUGCGUUCAUAGUUCAGGGAUGCUAAUUUCUGUGUAUAACUCUUACAAUGAAUAGACACACGAUUUAAAAUUCAUAGAUGUGAGCCUGCAGUUUCAAACCUAGGAAUGAAUGCAGUUCACAAAAAUUCUGCCAGUCUAGUUGCCCCUUUAAUUAAUUUUGCUUUGUAUGCAAGUGCAAGCAUCAUUAGUUUGUAUCAUUUUUAGCAACAUCUCAAAAGAAUCAGCAAGUCAGUUUUGUGCUCAGCCUGAUAAACUGUCAAGACAAUUUUGCCAGCAAAGCUAACUCACACAGUGCAAAUAUUUACCAAGAGAUUAUCUAUUCUUAAAACAAAGUCACUAAUCCAGGUUGUCUCUUCCAGACAUAAUUCUGAACAUGUAUAUUGAGCGAGCUAAAAGCAUAGUAACAAAAAUGUUUUGCAACGUAAGAGCUUUGUGAUCAUCUGCUGCCUUCAGCCAAAUCUCUUCUGAAAGCUUGUCGUGUUUCUGGCUGCAUUGUGAGUUCUGCUAUGUUUACAAAAGUGGAGGAGGCAGUGGGUAAAGUGGAAAUAUUUUUCAGGUUUUAUCUGCACUUGACUAGUAUUAAAUGAUAUUUUUGACUCCUGCUGAUCAGAUUUCUCCUCACUCGUCUGUCUCACUUGUCAACGCCCUGUGGAACAAGUGACAGCCUUCUUCUUGUUCCUUGUAUUUGAGCUCAAGUGUCUAGAUUUGAAUUUGUUUUUGGUACUUCUACGAUACAAAUACUUCACAAUAAAUAAAAUGCUAAGCCUAAAAUUGCUCAGCCUUUUUGCUACUGGAAAAGCACAGGAGUGCCUUAUGUUGUUUGCAAAACUUGGAACGGAAUUGGUCAGCCAUCAUUUUUUCCGCUGGUAAAGAUGACACAUAGAAAGGAGGCCAGGAAGGUGAGAGCUGUCUGAAGCUAUGGCAUGGAGCUCCAGGAACCACAACAGCCACAUCUGGCUUGGAGGUUGCAAGAUUGGCUUUCCAGGGACGGGUUUUCCACAGGAGCUGCACCCCUGAGUGAAAGAGGAGGCAAGCAGGGAAGACGCCCAAGACACAGAAUGGGCUGGCUGCCCAGAAAAGUGGGGAAUAAAGCGACUGCACAAACCAGGCAGUGAAAGGCAAAAAUGGCAGCAGGACAAUAGAUUGCUUUGCUGUGACCCAGAGCAAAGUACUGGAUUACUUUAGGGAACCCCAAAGUACAUUAAAAGGAUAUUUUUCUUAUGAAGAAUGAGAAUAAAGGUAUCAAAGGUUUCUUUACUCUUUUAUGUUAGAAAAAGGCAAUCCAAGUGGAAAAGGCUCAAGCUAUCAAUUUAUCUUUGUUGGAGACUGUAUGGUUAUUUAUCUUUUUUUAAUUAUGCUUCAAAAGAAAGAUGGCACUGCAAUAGAUAACAUUAGGCAACAAUAAAGGGAACAGCACAGAGAGCUGCUUGUAGUGUGUUCUCCUCACCCUCUUCAUUUUAACCUCCAUAAAAUUGUGGGGUUUUCCAUGUUUGAGGUAUUGAAGAUGGUGAUAUUUCUGGAAGCAAGUGAAACACAGCUGCUUGCUGAUUAAGGGGAUACAGGAGAUGGCAGGGUUACAUUAGUAUGAUGCAUGUGCUGUUACUCAGGGACUAGCAAGCUCCCAAAUUUAGUGCCAGAUACACACACACUGUUGCACCUGAGCACAUCUAAAAAUGUGGCCCUUUCACCAAAGCCUGAGCAGAGUUUACUAGUGUGUACUCGUGAAGAAAAGAAAAAAACAAAACAAACAAAAAAUCAACAACAACAAAAAAGCCAACAACAAAAAAACCAAAACCACAAAACAUAAAAUUCCUGCAUGAAGAUUGGGAAAGCACUGAUACUUUUUUUAGAAGAAUUCAGGUAACUUUGAAGGAUCUUUAUGACUUUUAACUCUAAAGACACCAUCUAGGAAGGGUGUGUGAGCUUCGGCAUUUGUGUUGGUCCAGAUUUUCUGCACAUGAAAACAUUUUCAGAAAUAAUAACUUUUAGAGAGCUUCCUUUGAGAUGUUUUCCCUUAGGACUCUUACAAAAGAGAUUUGCUUUCCAGAAGGUCAAGUGAAUGGCAUCUAUCUGAAGUUUGCAUCUUUCUUAAUGUUUGACAUGGCUUGGGCAGUCAAAUUCACUGCUCUUCAGUGUUGUUUAGUAUUUGAAAGCAAAUUAAAGGGAAUUAGUUAAGACUUUUUCUUGUAUAACUUGGGCCCUAAAGCUUUUUUGUAAUCAUCCUGGCAGUAAUGUAACAAUUUAUCUUACAGACAAGUCUAACAGCAAUGUCAUAAUUUCAAAAGCCAAACAGUCUUUCAUAUUUCUUUCAGCAGGAGAGAACUGUUGGGAUUUUCAUGUCUGUUUUGCCUUUGUAAAAAUAGAAGUUGGAGUGUGAAACAUAGAUCAUCCUUCACACUCAUUAGCAUUUUAAUGGCUUCUCAAUUGUUAACAGAUUUGAUGUAGCUACUAGAAAGAUAAGACUGGAUUGUGAUUUACGUCUACACUUUCCAAUCCAGUAGUAGUCAGUUAUAAUACAUUUUACUAAAUGUAAUGUCAGGUCUCUGAAAUAAAUUUUCAACCCUUUAAAAAAAAAUAAUAAAGACAACGACAAAGAAAAAUGCCAAUAUGCCCCUCCAAUGUCUUUGCAAUAGCCAUAGUUCUGAUUUCUUAUUUUUGAAGAGCACAAAAAAAAUUUCCCAACAGAAAUAAAUAAUAAUUAGUUAUAUAAUUUAAAAAUUAGAGAUGGUGUAUUCUGCCUAAUGUAACCUUAUAGAGUAAUAGAAUAAAGCAACAUAAGCAUUCACAGCAGAAUGAUUUGCAGAACUUCUGAUACAGAGAAGUUGUUUGAGGGUUCAUUUUUCACUGUGUUUUCAAUGUAUGAUUCUGUGGUUUUAUCAAGAACAUUAUGGCUUAUUGAAUCACAAACUCCCUUCUGCACAUGUAGGAUGUAGCUAUUACAAUUUGCACACAUUUUAACUUCUCAGAAGCUAUCAGCUCCAAAAAAGAGCUGUCAAACCCAAGGGCACCAUAGCAUUAUAUUUAGAAAUAUUCUUAGUGUCAGGAAUGAUUUGAACUAUCCAAAUUAAAGUACAGAGCACAAAUACACAGAGCCUGGCUGACUUACCAUCUGAAUAGAGUCUGCUGUAGCCCCAUGAGUCAUUCAUGGCCUGUCCCUCUUCCUUUCCCUCCCCUAAAGACAGGGCUGAAUUUAAUACAGAUUUUUAGGAUCUAAACACUGUCAGUGUGUAUUUGACAUGCCUCUGUGGUUGGAAUCCUUUGGAAUCCAGCACUCCUUGCCCAGUAGUUCCAUAUCCUUAGCAUCGGAGGAAGCCAGAAUCCAGAACAUCACAAGGAUCACCAGAAGAUCCAACAGAAGGUGUUUUGAUGGCAGGAGCAUCAUUACUGACAUAGCUGAAGCAGAGUGAGGACUUCUGAAUAAACAAAAGACUCUGUUCUGAGGAGUCCAAAUAUAUCAACUAACAUUUUGGAUUGGGGUUUUUUCCCAUUUAGAAUUUUCCAUUCUCUCUGCCAUCUCCUUCUAGCCACCUGUCCAUAGAGAAUAUUGAUGGGGAAUUAGACACCACUGACAUUUUUCCAUAGGAUAUUAAUGUACUAACAAUUCUGUUGUGUAAGAUUUUGUAUGUACUGGCUGUGUCAUGGCCUAGAAAGUCUCCAGCAGAAGUUGAACAAAACUCCUACCUACAUAGUUAAUUUAUUUCAGCAGUGGACUUGUAACACAGCACAUAGAAACUUUCAAUAUUAUUGUCUGUGCUGGACUUUCUGUAUCAAGGCAGAGUUAUUUGAAUUUUCAGGUGUGCUACUUCUGUGUAUCAUGACUUUUCGUGGACUGGAGGGAAAACUGCUUUUUGAUAGCUAUUUUUAAAAGAAAGAAAGUAAUUUGAAAGGUUUCAGGCCCUUUUAUGACCUGUCCAGUAGGUUGAUGAUCUAAUGGCUCUUUUGGAUGUAAAGAUCUGCUAAUCUUCCUCCCACUGAGAGGGUGACCUGAAUGCACUAGAUGUAACUAUCUGAGGAUACCUUUUAUGUACUCAAAAAUUGUUCUGGACUUGCAGAUGAUCAGGCUGGCAAGGGGGCAGGAGAGUGGGGGUUUGGGCAGUGGAGAAUUGGGGAAGGGGGUAAAAAAUGAGCCAGGCAGUUUUCCUCAGGGCAUAGCUUGAGAUGAUAUUUGCACAGCACUGUUAGUAAGGGCCUGGAAUGCACUUUUCAUCACAUGGCGUAUUAGAUCUCUUCCUGUCAGAAAGUUAGAUUCUAAAAAUGUAAAAUGUCUGUGGCAGAGAUUUCCAGCUGCCAACAAAAGGCUCACUUUCAUGAGGAAAAUAAUUUAAAAUGCUUCUGAGUCAUUGUGAAAAAUAGAGGCCAUGACUGUGUCUGCAAAAUCCCAUUGAGUCGAGACACCGAAGACAAGAAAAAUUGCAUUCAUACCACUGUGAUCAUCAUCUGUCCAUUCAGCACAGUGCUCUCCAGGAAAAGACAAAGCUGGAGUGACAGCACAAGGAGCAUCCUGUGCCUCUCUGAGUCACUGCUCGCGCUGACCUGUGGCACCGCACGGGAGUGGGCGGGCUCAGGAGUGUGAGAAAGGAAACGGAGUUUCUUUUUCCUCCACUCUUUCCCUCAUCCCUGAAGUCUUGAUGUAAACUUGCUGUGAUAGAUGCAGGUGGCUAAAAAUAGUGUGUUUUUUUCUGCACCAUACUAGCGAGUGAAUAACUUUUUGCUGUAAGCAGGUGCCAAGGAUAGCAAAAACCUGAUGGUAAUGGCAGGUGAGGUACAAUGACAGAGUGCAGCUUCCAGCCCACUAAAUCAGUGGCAGGCUACUUGGCACAUUUGCCAAUGCUGCUGCAGCCAGAGAAAAGCCCUGGGGAAACUCUUCCUGCAUUUAAAAAUUAUGCUUGAGAUACACUUGUUUUAUCCUAGGAGUUUGAUAAUUUAUCCUCACAGCAUGGGAACCCUGCAGUAACAAGUAAGAGGUUUUUGUUAUAUUACUUGUUGCAGCUUCUGCUUCCUGGAUUUUCAGAUUUUCUGCUUCUAGCGUAGAAAAUAUCACAUGUAUCUCUGCACAAGUGUAAUUGUCUUCAGGCAUGAAAGUUUAAAAAUUACAGUGAGUGCUGGACAGAAUCUAGGAAGAGGCUAUCAUGAGCUAUUCGGGCUUUUCCUGUUUGUAUCUCUCAUAUCACCACUACUUAGGAAGUUAUUUUACACAAUUACAGGAGAUGGGACAGUUCUUUUGUACAGGCUUGUGCUAUGAUUUUUCAACAAGUAGGAAAUCCUCUAUAAAGAUUUCCAUUUUGAUACUGAUGAAUAUAAAUCCUAUUAUUAUUUAAUGUUCUAAUGUCAUACUGGGUAUUGCUAGGAGGAGUUUUCAUCAUCUGAAAUGAAAUCCUGAUCUUUUGAAGUCAAAUGUGAAAUUCCUGUUGACUUCGGUAGGACAGAUUUGACUCCAGAGAAGUUCAAGAGCUUAAGUGAUUUGCCACUAGCCAGAUCCUUCAGCAGUGGAGUAUUUUUAUCAAGUCGACCUCAUAAUGGAGUUGCCUCAGAAAGUCUACUUAGACUCCAGGAAGAUGUGACUGAAAUAAAGCAGGUGCCUUCCUAAUUGGAAAGUGGGGGAGGCUGAGUUUUACAAGAAGUAUUUAGUGCUAAAUAAGGAAUAGAAUUGUUUCCCUGGGGAGCUUGAAAUACUUUUAAAACUUUAAUAGCUUCCUGUUUCUUUGCCUCUUGUUCCCACUGCCAGAUGGAGCAUUUCAUGUCCCAUUUCAUGUAUCCUCACCAGGCUUGCCACACUGGGGACCAUGGAGGGAGCAGCUGGGAAGCUCCUGCUAUUUGAGGGGUGAUGGCAGUGGGGCUGCUCAUGGGGGGCAAAGAGGCAGCACAGAACAGGGUGUCUUGUCCCUCCUGUGCUCAGUGUUGUUAAUUGUGAGGGUAAUGGGGUGUGAAUUGCAUGUCUACUGCACCAAUAUGAUCUGAGAAAAAUUUUCUACUCAGCAUGUUUGCUUGUCCCACCAUUGCAAGAAAACCAGAUUUUGGAGGAUGCUUAGAUCCUUUGCUCUGGAUAAUGAAUGCAGUCUAUAGCCACACUCUCCUCAUUAUGCAAAUAGUUCAGACAAAUUUCCCUUCCCUCCAUGUCUCUAUUUAAAUGUGCUUUAGUGAACUAAAGACCUGGUACCACUGCAAGGACUAGUAUUAUAUUGUUCGCAUCAUUGGUUGAGAUGAAAUUGAAAUUAUACCAUCUGCAUUUGGUUGCACUUCCUUCAAACCUUGUCAUUGCCUUUGCCAAACUCAACAUCUUCUGGGUUGUUUCUCUGAACACCAUUUGUCUGUGUUUCCAGCCUAUUCAAAGAUGCCUCACUGCCUGUAAUGGCUGCAUUUAAUUUCCUUUACUUACACAUUGCUGAUUUGCUGGGUCUUUAUGUCAGAUUUCCCGUUCCACAUUAUUAGUAUUUAAACUUGCACCUUUUUAAAAUUGAAUGAUAAAUUAACCUCACAUUGCUCUUUUUCCAAGCAUUAGUCACUUGCUAGAAGCCCUGGAAAUUAGCUAAUUUUCUCUCAUGCCUGACACUGGCAACCAGAUAUGGAAACCAACUUAAUCAGCUGGCAGAGUUCACCAUCCAGUGGUUGGCCCUGCUGAGCACACAUUGGACUCAAAGCAGAAGCCCUGGGAUCCCCUGGCAGCAGACUGGUGAUAAGGAUAGCUCCUAGAUAGCUGUUAAAAGAGAGCCAUGUCCUGUGCUAGUGAGCUGAGCUGCUGUGAGCUGGAAGCAGCUCUUCCCACCUCUGCCCCUGCCAUGGAAUGUGGUGCCUUGCAUGCCGAUGGUCCCAGGGCCGGGUGACACCUGACGGCCUGCCCAGUGCUGAGCUCUCAACUGCUCUUUAGUUCUUAACAGCAGAGUCCUGCCAGUCUGACUGAUAUCCCUCCAACAGCCUGCUUUGGGUACAGUGGGGCAUUUCCAGUGACACCUCCAGUUUUUAUGGUAAUGUUUUUGUUUGGUGACAUUUGCCCGUCAAGGGAGUCACUCUCCCUGCCCCGGCUGCAUUUAGCAGCUGUACUGGUGGCAGUUCCCCACUGCUGUGUCCUUCCUCAGAUCCCUUCUCAGGAUGAGUGAAGGUUGCCAGGCACACCUGCCAGCCUGCUCCUGCUCUGUGCCUCGUCUCAAUUCCCUCUCAUCUGAGGGAGCUGGGGAGAGGUCACGAGUGAUCAUCCUUUGGCUGCUAGAGGCAGCUUUGGUGCCCAGUGAUGAGGCAGCUGGGUCAUCCUCUCCCCUGCUCAUCUGCCUCAAUUCUGAUGUGUCCUUGCAGGGACAACUAAGAGGCACAGGGAGAGGAUGCUGAGAUGCUGCUAUAGGGAGAAAGAGGCACAGAACCCUUUGCUUUUAUUUAUUAUAUUGCUUUUUCUUUAUUUUAUUUUGUGCCUGCAGCCACAAGAGUUAUCUGCGUCUUUCCCCCAUCUUCCAGAAUAAUUUGAGGGCAGCCUGUGACAUGUUCUGCAUCAUUUCUGUCAUCAGAGGUAGAACUUUUGAUUGUUGCUGCAUCCAGGGUAAGGUUAUGGCCAUAACAGAUUACUAAUAACAUAUAACACAGAUCAUUAAAUUUGCAUAAAAUUGCACAGGGAGGACAACACAAAGUGGCUGCUUCAAACAAGAUACAUUAGCGAGAACAAAAGUAGUCCAAUUUAUGUACAUGCAGGAAUUAGUUCCUCUGAUUUUCUAAGUAUUUCAUUUUUUUCCUUAUUAGAGGACUAUCCAUUCAGUGUAAGGACUUUGUUUUCUGUAUAUUUUAAGGCUCUGUGUUGUGGAGGCUUAAGGAAUAGCAAUAAUCAUACAACAACACAAAGUUACAACAUAUGUGCACAGUAUACAACACAAAUCUUUUAUUAAAGGGAAAUAAAAGAUGGCCAGAGUUAAAUUAGUGACCUGGGUCUCAGGAAAACUGAAAAAUUCCCUGAAGUUUAUGUCGUUCCUCAGCAUUUUCAGUUUCCCUAAAAUAUUGCCCUAAAUAUUUAAACUGUAGCUUUGUGUACUGUCUUAUGGCAUAUAUAUUGACUGUGCUUAGUUUGGGCAGCUGCAAUCUUUUACAGGACCCCUAGAUGCUACUAAAAUUAAAAUUACAAAUCAGUAACCUUGCAAUAUUUCUUGUCACAUUCACCAGAGAUCAUCCUACUGAGGUUUGGAAUGCCACAACUUGAUUCCACAAGGUUUUAAAUGUCUGCUUAAAGUGUCACAGACAAAACUCACCAAUUCACAUGGUUUUAAUAAAAUGCAUUCAUUUUAUUAAAUAAAAUUACAGGUAUUUGUAAUUAAGAAAAUAAAAUCAAAUUUUAAAAAGGUAGCUGGCAUCUGUCUGCACUCAGAUUUUAAAUGCAAGUAGCAGUUAGAUGAGUACAGGACCCUGAGCUGUAGUUUAUUACAGCUUUUGUGUAGACCACUAUUAAAUUUGCUUGUUAAUUUGGAUGUAUCUAAACAGCAUUACUGGUUUUACAUGAAUGCUUUGCCACCAUGAAUACUUAGAAAAUGACAAUAUUUUCCAAAAUGUUGGACUUUUUGUUGCUUUCUAAGGAUGAAAUCGAUAUUUUAAGCUGCUUUCCUCACUUGCAAUAGAGUGCAUAAUUCUUGCCAUAAUUUUUUUUUAGAUAUCUGUUCAAUUUUUUUACAUUUAAUUUCAAGUUUAACAUAGCCCUUUAAGGAUGGUAACGCCAGCUAAUAAGACUUGUGAAGAGAGUCUGCUGGUGUCUCAAAGUGCCAGUAUAGCAAGGACUGGAAAGCUAGGAUGCCUUUAUUCUGUUUAUGACCUGACUCCAAAUGAUCCACACUGUUGGAGAGAAGGUAAUUUAAUGGCCAUUAUUACUCUACAAUCCUGCAUCUUCUUUGAAGCUGUCAGCUUGAAAACCAGCUCCAGUCAUGUGUGUUCAUUUGAAACCUUUGCCUAGCUUUUUAUCAAAGCAGGACACAGAGAUGAUUCCUAAACAGCUUCCCUUUCUCACACACCCAAAUUAACCAUUUUCUCCUCAUCUAAGCAAAGGCGGAGAUGCUUUGAGGUCCAGGCAUAUGUAGUAACUGUUGAAACAUGGCAUAAAGAAAAGGAACAUACUAAUUAGAUUACUGAGACACUUUGAAAGGAAUUGCUCCUCUCAUAAAGUGUGCAACAUGGCUGGCAAAUUAAUUCAGUCAUAAAAUAAAUUAUUUAAACUAAUAAAUCAUUAACUUGGCAUUUUGGUGAAGUUUCUCAUUAAGAAGCAGAAACAUGGAAAUUUGAUGCAUUUAUGAAAGUACGAGACAAUGCUCAGGUUGUUUGUGAGGCGGCAGGUUUGGCUUCUCCUGUGCUGAAGUCAGAAGAGCAGAUUCUCAGCUUUGGGGUCGAUACGCUCUACAGGUGUCCUCUGGCCCAGUUCCUUCAGCUGACCUUGGUACCUGAUGGAUGGGCACAUCACUGACAACCUGCCUGCAGGGGGGGUUGGACUACUUGUAAAGCUUUUAAAAGCUGCAAGGGAAUUUGGUAUCUGAACUAAUUUCUCUGUGGAAGGACACAGGGGAAUAUGUUAUGACCCCGUGCUUUUUUUAUAUACUGAGCCUUUCCUGUGAGUUUAAUCUGUCUGCCCUUCCCUGCCUCUCAGUUAUGAUGGGCACAAUGCUGACUCUGUCUGCUUGGAGGUGUUUCUCUUGGAUAAUGUUGUGUUCUCUGCUGUGGUCUCCCUUGCUCCUUUGGGUCAACAGUGGCCAAGUACACCUAGAACAUGAUUCUUGAUGGCUUGGUGUCAGGAAAUACAGGAAUUUUUCAUCAGUAGGAAAAAAUUGAGAAAGACUGUGGCAUAUAUUAACUAUAUUUUUUUUCAAGGAACAUGUACAAUGCUGACAUUACCCCAACAAAAUCCAUCCAAUGCCUGAGGGAGUCAGAAAGUCACCCAUACCCAGGGAUGAACCAGCUGGCAAGGAGAUUAGAAAAGAUGACAACAGCUUGGGUGCAAUAAGAGGGAAAUAACGACUUUGCCAGUUUCUGGAUUUCUAAUUUAAUCUGCUAAGUCAAAAGGGAAGAAGAAACUGAAACAAAACAAUAUGAAAAUUAAGGAAGGAAUCCUCACAGAUCCUGUUACUGUUCUUUUGGGCUUCUCUUUCACCUGAACAAAGGCACACAGGCCUUUAUACAGGUGGAAUCCAUACAGAAAUCACCUUCCAGGCAAUGCAGCAAAACCAGUGUAUAACUUUGGCUCAUUUCUUGAUGACUUCAGAGAGUAAGUAAGUGUCAGGAAGCCAGGGAACUUUUCUGUCAUUGUGAAAGUCAGAGGAACAAGGCAUCUCUAUGGAUUUGGACUUCAAUUUUAAAUCACCUUGAGCGGUAGCAAAGCACUACUGGAUGUGCUCUUUCUUUAUCAUGCUCAAGUCUACUAUUAAUAGCAGCUGUACAUACACUUCAAGGAAGAUUGUUUCUUCAUGAAAUCCUAGAAGAGAUGGGGCUGACUUAAAAAUUACUAAAUAGAAGGAGGGGACAUUGUUAAUAUGUACCAAAAAUGUUACUAAGUGCCUAGUGCUGCAAGCAAAAAAAUCUUACAACUAAUCCAUGAAAAUGAGGUGAAUUCUGGAAUCCUUGAUAACCAGUUUCAAAUAUUUGUCAGAAAAUUUCGUUAAUUUAUGUAUUCCUGCUGUGCAAAGAGAUUAUAAAACAAAUUUCAGUAGAAACAUCACAAAACAGUAGCUAGCUUUGUGUGUGUGGCAUUGGUAUGCAACUUUUGGUAAUAGAGCAAUGUUAAAAAGCAGUAAGAGAUGGCCAGGUAAAACCGAAAUAAAAAUAAUGCACUUAGGAUGCUUUGAAAAGAAACUGGGGUAUCAGGACACUGUGUGUCCUGCCCUGACUACACACCAAACUCUUCAUGAAAACCUGUGCAUCACUUGGAAAUCAUACCCAGGAAACUCCUCCACAAUCAGCUUUUAAGUACAGAUGCCAGUAACUUAUGAGAAGUUGCUUUCAAAGGAAGCCCAAAUAUUUAGGCUGCAAUAUUGGAUCACCUCAAUGGGACAGCUGAGCUGUCCUGAACACACAGUUUGGCACUCAAAUGUACUGCACCCAAACUGCGCGAUGAGAUCAGGGCAGCACUGCAUGCUGUAAGGGACUGCUGUCUUCAAUUCAGAUUGUCAUGACAGCUUUGUGAUUCUUUGGGUUUUCUUACCUAAUCAUUGCAUUUUAGCACUUCUGUAGGAGCACAGGGUGUGUCCUGUGCUGGUCUCUUACCUCAUAGGAAAGUGUCUCUACCGCUGGCUUAAAUCCUGAACUUCUGAAGUUGUGUGCUGUUGAUACUACAAAUCAAAAACCAAGUGUUGCUGUAUAUGUCAAGUAAACUUCACAUAGAAUUGCUGUCUACAUCCCCAUCAUCACUGAGGAUCAUUUUACUGUCCCUAAGCUCUGGCUGCUGUACUGGAGAUUCCCGGACCAAUGGAGGCUGCAAGCAUCAGAGAAAAGGAAGCACCAGCUUGGUGAAAAUAGCAGGGAGUUUAUGGGGAGGUUUAAGUUUGCAUAUAAACCUUAAGCCAGUCUGUCCUGUUUACAAAAUUGGCCUGCUUAAAUUACUGGGAGAAAGAGAAAAAUGAAAGUACCAUUAAAAUAAGGUCCUGUAGUAGUAUCAAUAACAUACUGCAUUUCAGAAAUGUGUUCGUUUCAGUUAAUGAGCAGUGGGUGCUAAAGAAAUGUGUAAACUAUCUUUCAAGGACUUAAAUGAAAAUUGGCUCCUAUAAAUACCAAUUGGUUUUCUUAAAUGCAUCCAACUGUGACAAAGAAGUAGUAAAUAGAAGGAGAAAUAAAUUGUAAGGAAUUAAAAUGCAUUUGUUUUGAGAAGUGACUACUGAUUUCAGUGAAAAGCCAUAUCAGGUUGAAUAAAAGUGCUGAAUAUUUGCUCAUUUAUUUAAACCAUAUUCUUUCCAUAUAUUAGUAUCAGUUCCACUGUUAAUGAAACAAAUUCAAUUAAAUGGGUUCAGCAAAACCAUAUCAAUUAGAAAAAUUAAACUGGCAACAGCAAUGGUAACACCUAAGUCUUUGAUGCAAAAAGAAUAAUCCCAUUGAAAUUGAUAAAAUAAGCACAGAAUUAAUCCCAGGUACAGGAUUGAAUAUAAAUGAAGAUAAAUCUUGGAUGUACAGGGUUUUUUUUGUGUGUGUGUUUCUACUAUAUGAUAUAACUGUGAGCAGCAAUUAAACGUUGUAGUUGAACAUGGCUGUAACUGUUAAUAGAUGUGUAACUGUUCUUUAACAAAUCCAGCCAGAAGAUGCAAGAGUUUAGAAGUCUGGGAUCAUGCCAAAAAAAAAAAAAAAAACCUAGCCCAAAACCAAAAACAAAUCACCAAGAAAGACCAGAAGAAGGUCAGAAUUAUACAGCAAGGCAUGUUCAUGUAAUAUUCUGUCAUAUAAUUAUCUUGUUUCUUUUAUGUACUUUUAAACCUGUGCAUAGCUUUCAGUGCAUUAGGAAGUGAAUUUAUGUGUGACAGUAGAGACAUAACUGAAGUAUAUUACAGAGUCAAAGAUUUAAUACAGAGAAGAGCUGAUCUUCUGUGUGGCCUUCCUGCUCUUUGUCCUCUUCCUGGAGCAACCACAGCUGUGACUGAGGCCAGGCCACACUGAGGAGUGCUCUGAGCAAACAGGUGCCAUCCUGUCACUGCCCGAGCCUGGCUUGCUCCAGUCGUGUUUCCUUGGGCACACGAAGGAGCUCAAAGUAAAAUCAGGCAGUACACAAACUUUUGGGAAUUGUGCUCUCAAAUUCAAGAAACCCCAUGUUCAUCUGUACAUGUAGGUAGCUCAAAAAAACGGUGGGAAAUGUGAUUAAAUAUAUUUGUUCUCAUCCUUGAAACUCAGCUCCAUAAUUCUGGAGCACUCCACUAAUCAGAAGCUUCCAAUCCCAAUUCUUGCUUUGGUGGAGUUUUUGCAAUGGAAUUUGUAAUUAACAAAGGAAAUUAAAGGGGAUGUGUUUUUCUCAAGCUGAGGAACAUUCCUGUUUGGUUUUUUUUUUUUUUGUUUUGAUUUCCAUGUCUGGGAUCAUUUCUUUACGAUCAAGACAUUCUUACUUUGAGAGGUCUCUGUCUUGUCUUAGUGGAGUUCUAAAGUGGAUUUUCUUAUGUUUGAAACCAUUUCCUCCACCUCUCUACGAAAAACAAACACACAAACAAGCAAAAAAGCUAAAACCAAAACCAAAAUCUGGUUUAUCUACUCACAUUUUUUAGCAUACUUCCUAUGCUAGGAUUUUACCCAUUGAGGCCAGUGUAUUUAUUCAUCAGGAGAUGAAACUGUCAGAGAUGCAAAGAAAGUUAGGAGCAAUAGUUUCCUCUAGUGUAGCAGUCUACAGUUUUAUCCCAGGUGAGGAGUAGGUCAUAGGUUGUGCUUUGUAAUAAACAUUCUUCUGCUGCCACAUCUCUUUUAGCUUAGCAACUCCUUGCUUCCACAGGAAUAAAAUUAGGAGAUACUAGUGAAGUGCAAGUACAUUUGAACCGGGGUUCCUUUGCACACCAGAAGAAAUGUUGGUCUGUUCUGUAGCAUCUUUUCCAGAUGGCUACACAGAAUGUGCUGCUGGUUUUGUUCACUAAUGAUUUUAUAAUGUAUUUUAAUCUGACACAACAAUUGCCUAGAUCAUUCUUACAGAUAUAUUUCUUAAAAGCUGAAUAAAUAUAUCUAGGAGUACCACAUCAUUGAAAUGUAAUUGGAGGAAGCCACAGGCUUCCUACCUGCAUUAAUCAACUGUUGAUGAGCUUAAUUAAUCUCUCAGAUCUAAAUGGAGGAAGAGAAAUGAGAGCUCUUUGCUUGAAAGACAGUACAGCAGGCUUUGAAAACAUAAAAGCUGUCUUGUUUACAGGUAGAGAUGUGUAUGAUUGGUGUCUUGCUUAAAACUGUUCAUCUCUGUGGAAGAAAAACACUCAAACCCUAGGGAAUUGGUUUCGUUCCAAAACAUAGUUUCUGUCACAAGACAGACUUUGCUUUAAGCUCUACUGUGUUAUAUCAUAGAAACAUAGAAUCAUAAAAUUACUUGGGUUAGAAGGGACCUUAAAGAUCAUCUCAUUCCAACUCCCCUGCUAUGGAUAGGGGCACUUUUCACUGGACCAGGUUGGUCAGAGUUCCCCUGCUCCAACCUAGCCUUGAACACCUCCAGGGAUGGAGCAUCCGCAACUUCUCUGGGCAACCUGUUCCAGUGCUCACCACCCUCUCAGUAAUGAAUUUUUUCUUAAUAUCUAAUCUAAACCUGCUCUGAGUCUGCAAUAAUUCCCCCUUGUCCUGUCACUUUGUAAACAGCCUUUCUCCAGCUUUUUCAUAACUCCCUUCAGGUACUGGAAGGCCAUAAUUAGGUCACUGCAAAGCCUCCUGAAGAAAAGGCUGUUCCAGGAUGAACAAUUCCAAUUCUCUCAGUCUCUCCUUGUAGGAGAGGUGUUCCAUCCCUCUUAUUGUCUCAGUGGCCUCCUCCAGACUCGUGCCAACAGUCUGUUUCCCUGUGCUUGCUGUGCUGUGCACCCCAGAGCUGGACACAGGGCUCCAGGUGGGGAGCAGAGCAGAGGGGCAGGAUCAUCCCCUUUGAUCUGCUGCCCACGAUGCUUUUGCUGCAGCUCAGGAUGUGGUUGAAGGUCUGUCACUAAUACAGUGUGUAUUAGUGACACACUUACUUAGUUAAGUAAAUACUUAAGUUAAUACACUGAGUACUGUGUGCCACUUAUUAGUGACACACAGUACUUCUUUUCUUCACUAACUCUUAAUUAUUUCCUAGGAGUGUAAAAGUAAAUGUCUACUUCUUAUUAAUAUUUUAUGAAAUUUAUAGAGGCUAAAAGAGCUAAAAUAGUAACAGGCUGCCCAACUACAAUCUCGUUUUAGGCUGCUGCAUUUUCCAAUGUGUUUAAUAGAUUGCUAACAGGAAUUUAUGCUUUAGGUAUAAGGCAAAUGUGCUCUUUUUCACAACUUUUUACAUUUCUCUCAUAUUUGUUUAUGGGUAAAUCUGCCAAACGCUGUUACACAGUUGCAGUCUCAAAUUUUUUCUUAUGCAUCUUCUUCUUGACAGAGUUGGUAGCUUCCUUGUGCAGGCAGGUGCAUGAAAAUUAAUUCCAGGGCGAGAAUUGUUUUAUCCAGUCUGACCAAUCUGUUAUGAACUGUUAGAUCCCGUUGCCUCUGUUGAGCUCUGUAAUGUGUGCUCAGCCAAUACAGCAAGGCCUCUACAGUUGCUUGGAAGUGACACAAAGACAGAAACUCCACCACUUCUUUUAACAAUUUUUCCAGUGGUUAGUCAGGCUCACUGUUGCAAAUUUGUGCUUUAAUCCUAAUUAGAACUUGUCUGGCAUCAAUUUCCAGCCAGUGGUGGUGCUCAGCACAGAGGUGGAUGCCUCUUAGGUCUCUCACUCUUUCUGUCACAUAAUUGAUUUUUCAUGAAUAUCAUAAAGUAAGGCUGAAAUUAGCCCAGCAAAGCAAUAAGAGACAUGUUAGAUCAAGAAGUCUUCCUGCAUGAGAUGAAGGUAAUUUUUUAUCCUAUUUAUUCUAAUAUUCUAUUGAGCUUUGCAUCAAGUUAGUGGAUACUCUUUAACCGUGACGUCCUCUGAGGCAGCACAUUGUUGAUGCUAAUACUGAGAAAAUUUAUUAAUCAUUUGGCCUCUGGCACACUCUGCUUUCGGUCUCUCCCAAGCUCAUUCCUCCAUUUCUCAACAGGAUGGUAAUCGGCAUGCUCUUUCUCUGUAUCACUUAUGGCUCAGACAUGCAUAAUCCAGAUCUCUGCUCCACAAAUGUGGGCUUGUAAAACUGGUGCCUCUGAAUUGCUUUAGGCUCCUCUGCAUGUAGGUGCACAUCACUUGUAUGUGUAAUCUCAUUGUGCAGCCAUAGGGAUGCAUAUGCAGAUGCUCUCAGGCACUACAUCUCGUUUAGAUAAUAGCAUUAGCUGAUAGCAGUUGAUUUACAAGGUCUCUUGAUGUUUUCAUUAAGUGGAUCAUUUAUGCACUUUAUUUAUUUUACAAUGUUUGCAGUUUAAGUCUAGUUGCAGCUCUUCCCAUAUGGAGCUGGCUGAAGUUUUAUAGUUCAGAAUCCAAGCAGUAAAAAUGAAACACAAGGUUCAUUAGUGUGGACAGUAAUUUGGUAAUUAAUGGUACUCAGUGCUUUCCCAUACACCUGAAAAAUCCAAACUGACAGAAAGUCUCUAAAGUGAGAAAGAAAGACUCUUUUUCUGGAGAGAGGCCAGUGGGGCUGUAAAUUUGAUCAUGACAGAUUUCCUGGUCCAGGAUGCAGUUUGUGGUCAGAAGGAUCUAUUGGUAGAUAGAAUCAUACCAGAAUAAGCAAGUACCAGAAAGUCAGAUUGUGUGCAUCCUUCAUAUUCCAGCAUUGGUUCUUCCAGCUCUCCCACACCUAAUGUGUGUAUUUCAGCAGUCUCAGUGUGGAGUCUAUUUCUUUCAGCUCUUGGAUUUGUUCCACUUGGUUUAAAUAAAGGUCCUAACUCUGGAAAUGUUGGCAUGUCAGAAAUUUCUUAAAUUCUGGAUCAGAAGAGAGCAUAUUUCAAUGUUUGUGCAGAUCAGAAUUAAAGAAAAAUCCUAUUUUGGAAAAUUUCAGGAGAAGCAGAUUUAAAAGUGUUAAAAAUAUUUUUUUCUCUUUUUUAGAGUCUAUUAUUAGCACUGUUACCUGAAUUUAAUCUUUCUUUUAAUUAUCAGAGACAAUUACUGAUCCAGAUUACUACAGGGCAUAGCAGCCUAUUAUCAUUACUGCACAUAGCACUGCAAUCCUGCCUGCUUUCCCCUUGACUGCACCAUGGAUUAAACUUUUAAGGCUGACCAUUACAAGCAGAAGAACAUCAGCAGGAAAAAAUGUGUUGUGUGUUUUUUGAUAAUGUUAGCUUUGGAGUAAUAGCAUAAUAUAGAUCAAGUGGCACACCUCAUAUCAGCUUUUUUUCUCGUUUGGUACCAUAGUAUUUUCUGCCCUAUAAAAAGAUCAUGAGUUCCAUGUCCAUCACUAUGAUAAUAAAAAAAUAAUGUGGGGUGAGGUGGGGUUCUUUCCAAGUCACAAGGGAUAUGCUAAUAAAAAUUUGAUUAAAAUAUCCACUACAAGAAACUGGGAAUAUGAGUGCAAAAUUUUUACUCUUCUCACUUAUAUGCCAGAAGAUAUUGCUCUAUGUGUGGGUUGAUGAAAAAAAAAAGUUUUAGUGAAGUCUAGAUAGAAUGCCAAAUGCCAGUGCUGCUUUGGAGAGACAGUUGUGAUCAGUGAUAGCUUAUCCAGUCUCAAAUAAAGCAAAAUAAUUCAAAACAUUAAUAAAAGUAUUUGUUUGUCUCUCCUCUGCUAAAAAGCUACUUAUUGAUUUCUUUCCUCUGCUAUUACAGUAGCAAAAUUUGAAAUGUUUUGAAAACAUCCCUUAGAGCCACACAACAAUAAUUAACAGCAUAGCAAGUGCUGAGCAGCAAGAAGCUGAUAAUGACAGAGUUUAAUGUCGACUGAAUGCAAUUAAUCAUUGAUACUACCCAUGGAGCUUUGGAUUUAUACUCUGCUGUUACAAAGCAUUGAUGAGGUCUCCUCUUGAUCUUUCACAAUGUAUGUAUUAAGAGUAACUCUUCACAGAAGCAGAAGAAAGCAGAAGGAAAUUUUUGAGUCUUGCAUUUCUUAAUGUGUUUGCUAUCACUCGGUUGAGCAGUGAGUGGCUGCUAUUCUCUGAGGAAGGCAGUAUCAUAGAGGAGCAGGAGCAUUCAUCCCUCUAAUCUUUCCAGCAGACAAGAUAACAUGCAGUGUAUAUGUGGUCCCAAAUUGGCAAGUAAGUGCCAGUGUAAGAUACAGGAUACCUUUACACAACUUAAGAAUGACCUUUCUUUGUACAGUUUUGCUUAGGUUAAGCAAUGAUCAGGGCUGUGUGCAUAGCAGUGACUUUAUAAUUUGUAUAAAAUUCGCUCUUUUCCUUCUGUUUUUUCUGCCAUGAUGCUCUACUUCUCAGUCCACACUAAUGGCUCCUUGGCACUUGAGAAGUGACUAGUCUCUUAACCCUGAAGUGAGUUCAGAGCAAGUGGAAGGGCACAGGAGUUCGUCAUGUUGCAGCCACACUUUAAGACCAAAACUCUUAAUGGAUGAUCCUGAAACUCUUCAUGGAUGAGUAAAGAGGAUCUCAAUAUUUCUAACUGUAUAUCUUCAAACUCAAUUCAAACACAACUCACAGUCUUUCUCCCCAAGAAAGGAAACUAAGGAAAUAGUGACUUUUAAAAAUUUUAAACUGAAGGAUGCUAGGUAUGCAUUGCUAGACCACCCAUAUCUCCUGGAUACAAAAGUCUGCUUUAACUUCAAAACUGAAUGCAAAGAAAAUAUUAUGUCAGAAAGAUCAGUAAUGAUUGUUGACAUGGAUGGAAGGGUUUUUCAAGACUGACUUUGAAGGUGGACUCUCAGAACUCCUUUGGUGAUGAAGACACAGGUACAGUCAGAACCCUUUCUUAUUGCUGCCUCUGCUUCUCUUUUAGAGUUCACAGUAAGCCCAUGGAGCAUGAACAUGAAAAGUUGCCUAAGGUGAAGGCUUAACUGGACUCCAUACCUGACCUGAUACCGCAGCAAAAAGUGAAAACCUGCACUGAAAUGUGGAGGGUUUUAUUUAUUAAUUUAUUGAUUUUGGAGCACAUGAAAUGUGUGUACUUAAACUGAAAAAUAUGUAGAUUUCUGGGGUUUAGGCAAAAAACAGUAUUAAACUGAGGGAAUGGAAAGGAAAACUCCCAUGUGGCCAGAAUUCCUCAGCUGAAUUUCCUCAAAACUGGAGCAUAUUAUGUGAACAAUUUUCAGUAGGAUAUUUUAAGAUAUGCAACUUUUGUCUUACUUUCUGAGGCAACUCCUACAUCCCAAAGCAAUUUCAUAAGAAAAGUCAAGAAAACAAAGCAAGAAAUAAGAUUUACAAUAUUUCCUUCUAAAGAAUGCUUGGUUUUGGUUUUUUUUUAUUGUCAUUUCUCUUUCAAGCCAUUCCUCCAUAGUGCUUUGGAGAGUGAUAGAUAGCCAUUGCUCUCCUAAUGCCUUGCUUUAAGUGAAAUGUGAUUCCCUUGUGCCUGAUUUUCACAGCUAAAUAGAAAAAUGCAACUCACUGGAAAUUCAAUUUUCAGACAAGACAUAAAACUUCAGAGCAUGGGUGGUAAUCACAGAGUCUACAUAACUUUCCACAGAAGUAGAAAGUCCUUAUUCCAAUUUCUUAAUCACCCUGUAUUCAUGAUUUUUCAGUAGUCCUGCAUAUUCCAGUGAGUUUCUUUUAAUAACGUCUUUCUGAAUAGAAUGGUCUCUCUUGGAAAAUAUGAAAUAAAGGAAAUAAUUUGUUGGGAAAGUACCAUAUGACAAUAAACAAGCAGAAUAAAAAACAACCAGUAGAGAAGACUGAAAUUUCAGUCCAUUUAAAUACUGUUUUCACAGAAAAAUAAUAUUUUGAAAAUCCCCUAUGCCGCCAUAACUAAAUAAAUAAGAAGCAAAGCUAAUAGAAGUCAACCAAUUAAUCAAGGUGUUUUGAGUGAAGGGAAAAUUUAAUUAUGCAUGUUAUUUUUUUUUCAAGGAUGGUAUUUGUCAUGUGUCAUUCUAGUCUAAUUAAGGUAGAAGAAUCUUUAAUGCCAAAUAUACCUGUAAGGUGAAAUUAUCCUUUUCCUUCCUAUCACCUAUCAUUUUCUGUCUUCUUUGGAUUUUUUUUUUCAUGGAAUUCAGUGUGGCACUCUUAAAAACAAGAGCGCUAUUCAAACAUUUUUUCUUCUACGCAUAUCUUCUUGAUUUUACUCUUUACUGAACUGAAAUCUAUUAGUUUUCUCAUUGGUAUUAGUGGAAGCACUAUCGAGAGAUUUUUUCAGAUCAAAUAUCUAUCUAUCUAACAUGAGCAUAGGAUUCAUAUUUUCCCUUUGUUUGCAUAUAAAGAAGCAUAAGAAUAGAACUGCUUGUUCAAGACGAGGAGUUGUGAAGUAUCAGUGCCAUACAAGUUAUCCAACCUGGUUUUUUUCUCUCUUAUCACUUAUUGUCAGCACUUACUUCACUUGUCCCCAUCACAGAGCAAAUGCCAGACAAGCUUUAGAAUUCUGCAUCAUUUUCUGCCAUACCUAAAACCAUUUUCCUUUUACUUCUCUGAGAGUGGCUGCCAUGAGUCUGAAUUAAUGACUCCAUAUGUGUGUUAGUUUCAUGAUGGACAUUUAGUCUUCCAGGUAUAAUUUCCUGUAAAGAAAAGUAAUUUUAUUUCCAGCUGAAUAGGCACUCUAUCAUACUACCCAAAUCAAACAAAGUUAUUAUUUGGCUUUUUGCCAAGUCGUACAGUAUAAAAGGUCAUAUUUUUAAUAGCUUUGUGCUCCAUGGUAAUCAAAUUUGUAAGCCUGGAGAAAUAAACAACUUGAAUAUUUCAGAGUUCUCUGUGCACAUUUAACCAUUGCUGUUCUGUUCGUAUGGCUCCCUCCUAUGUUAGCUUUGAAUGGUAAGGUAUAACCUCCUAUUCAUACAAGAACAGAACUAGAUUUGAACUAUUUGUUGCUAAACUCCAGUUUUGGGGACUAAACCAAAAGGAACUCUUUAUCAGGAAUCUGCUGACAGGCAAGCAAGAUUUCAUUAGUAUAAACCUGGGAGCAUGUAAGCGUUAAUAACUUGCUUGAAUCAACAAUAAUUAGAAAGAGCACCUGCUUUUAAAAGUCAUUUUUCUUCCAGUUGACUGGGCAUUGCAUUUGUGGGACAGGGAUGCUGAUUACAUGUAAAAGAAAUUUCUAAGGUUUCCUUGUAUUUCUUUUUUAAAAAUAAUCAUGCCCUGUUGUGCAUCAAGAAUAAUCCAGCUCAGUUAUUGUUUGGCAACACCUGUAUGUCAAAAAAAAAAAAAGGACCUGUGAAAGCUGUGAAUCCUUGAAAAGUCCAGAGGAAAAGAGAAAAUUUUGCAUCAGCACUCAGUUAUCUAUCUUCUUAAACAUUAGAUUAACCUGAGGUUUUUGUGAUUUUAUGAUAGCGUUUGUUAUGAAUUGGCUUAGAGUCAAGGUACAAUCUGACUGGUGAGAGGAGAUGAAUUAUUAACCUGUAACACAAGGGCUGGGAAUUGAGGCUGCCAGACAGGACUGUUAGUGCAAUGGGUAUUGAUGGCUCCUUGACGGAGAGCUUUUUGUCUGUCUCAGAAUAGCUGAGGCUAGUUGCAAUAGCCACACUGCUUUGAUAAUGAUACCUUCCUUGGUCAGUGCUUUCAUCGACCUUUCCCAGUUUCUUUCCUGAAUUUUACCUUGCUUUCAGUUUGGUGGUCAGAAGUUGAAGUCUACAACCUUUGGCUAUAUUUCUUGACCUCUAGAGUAAUGCAAGACUCCAGUCCUAGCCAUUACUUUAAAUAGUAUCUCUUACAUUGAAUUGCUAAAAAUAGUACUAAAUAUCAUUUAAGAUUUAUUCAGAAAACCUAAGCAAUAUUGUCAUGGAGACAGAAAUCCAGCUCACCUGUUACAGAUUUCAUUGCUACAGUGCAUUGCUAGAACUGCAAUUUGUGUUUUGCCUAUACAGCAUUCACUAUAAAAUUUGAAUUCAAAUUGCCUAAAAGUGUUAAUUUAAACGGCAUUGCUAAACCACAUGGUGUUGACCCUUAUUCAAAGUAAAAGAUUCACUGGAUUUAGCUUAAUUCACUUUGGAAAUGUCUGUAUAGAAUUGCAAUGCAUUUUAAUUGGUCAGUACACUGUAAAAGCUCCUCCAGUGUACCUUACCUGAGUAUUGCUCAGACUGUUCUCUGUCUAGAACAGGUUCUCUGAUAAAAAGCCUCUCUGUGCCAAACCUGUUCUUUAAUGACUUUAGAGAAGCAGCUACAUGUUUUACUUUAGCUGGACAGUGCUUACCUUGUGACUGAGAUUCACAGUAAAAUGCUGUUGCACUCAAGACUCACCUCACCAUGAUAGACAUUGCUGUCUGCUCAAGUGUGAUCUGGACUCUCUCCUGGAACUGCUUUCCCACAGCAGGAAAGCCAAACCCAGCCUGCUCACUCCCAGCACAAGUCUCUCAGCUCUGAGAGCGGUGGCCAGGGGGCCCUGCUUUGCAUUUUCAGUAAGUGGGUCACAGAAGAAGUGGCUUUUGUGAGGUGAGCCUGCAUAACUUAGAAAAUCAUCAUUUGUGGAGAAUUAAAUGGAUGCUCCAGUCUUUGACAAAGGUUCUUCAGUUGUGCAUUGAGAAAUGAGGAAAAAGCAGUGCAGUUUGAGUUUUACUCCUUUUUCUUAGCUCUCCAGUUUGUAGCCAUCUUUUCCCAAUCAACAUUUUUUCUUGUCUACUGAAGCUUUGUAAAAACAAUGCUUUUUUUUUUUGGUUCAGAGGUGUUUUUCCCUUUGAAAUUAAAUAAAUUCCUCCUGUGUCAACUUAUUCUAAUCUAUAUUUUAGUUUCAGCUAAUUAUCCACAAGUAACUUGCAUCAUCACAUAGAGAAUAGGCUUUAACUGAACAGAGAUAUCAGCAGAUUCUUGAUAUUUGAAAUGAGGCAUCACAAAAAUAUAACACAUACGAAAUGGAGUCAUGAGCAUAAUUACAUUCAAAGUUCUGUGACUUCUUGUUGCCAUGUUCAUAAUAAGAUCACCAUCAUUUUGGUGCUGACUAGGUAUUGAGCUUCAAAAAUCAUUCUUCUGAGAUGCAGUUACAAAUAUUUACAAGACAAGAUUUUUUUUUUGCCUGUAGAUAAACUUAAACAUGCACAACUUUGUUCCAACAAGAGAUACUGGACUGAAAUCUUUAAAGAGAAAAACUAAGCAUACUGUCAACCUUCAUAGCACCCUUCAAGUACCUGAGCCCUGGCCCUACCACCAUGGAGGAUGAAGACAAUUUAAGUACCAGCAGUGCAGAAGUAAAGGAAAAUCGAAACAUUGGCAACCUGGAGGAUCAUCCAAUAGCAUCAACUGAUAGGGCAAGAGGGGGAACAACUAGCAGUAAGAGGAAAAGACCCUUAGAGGAAGGCAAUAAUGGCCAUUUCUGCAAACUUCAGCUUAUCUGGAAGAAAGUUUCAUGGUCAGUGACGCCAAAGAAUGCUCUGGUUCAGCUACACGAACUCAAACCAGGAUUACAAUAUAAAAUGGUGUCCCAGACAGGUCCAGUGCACGCUCCAGUCUUUGCUGUUGCUGUGGAAGUAAAUGGACUUACAUUUGAAGGCACAGGCCCCACAAAAAAGAAAGCCAAAAUGCGCGCCGCAGAGUUAGCUCUGAAGUCAUUCGUUCAGUUCCCCAACGCCUGCCAAGCCCACUUCGCCAUGGGAAACUGCAUCAGCCCAUCCACGGACUUCACUUCCGACCAGGCCGACUUCCCAGACACUCUGUUCAAGGAGUUCGAACCAUCCACACACAGCGAGGACUUCUCAGUCUACAACCCCGUCAACAAUGAGCUGCUCUCCACCGCCUACCGGCACGGGCGCUUGCUGUGCCACACGCUGGACCUGAUGGGCCACGCCAAGCCCGGCAAGCACAGGAUGGCCAAGGCGGAGAGCGAGAAGAACCCGGUGGUGCUGCUCAACGAGCUGCGCUCCGGCCUGCGCUACGUCUGCCUCUCGGAGACGGUGGAGAAGCAGCACAUCAAGAGCUUUGUGAUGGCCGUGCGAGUGGACGGGAGAACGUUUGAAGGCUCAGGACGUAGCAAGAAGCUGGCCAAGGGGCAAGCGGCGCAGGCGGCCUUGCAGGCCCUCUUUAACAUUCGUCUGCCCAGCCACAUUCCCAGCAGGAGUAAAUGUCACCAUUUGCCACAGGAUUUUGCUGACUCUGUAUACCAAAUGGUUGCACAGAAGUUCCAGGAGCUGACAGACAAUUUCACUUCCAUGCAUGCACGCCACAAAACCCUUGCAGGCAUUGUGAUGACCAAAGGUUUGGACAUCAGGCAAGCUCAGGUUAUUGUGCUGUCAUCGGGUACCAAAUGUAUAAAUGGGGAGUACAUAAAUGACCAAGGGCUUGCGGUCAACGACUGCCAUGCAGAAAUUGUGGCAAGAAGGGCAUUUGUUCACUUCCUCUACUCACAGCUGGAGCUACACUUAAGCAAACGGCGAGAAGACUGGGAGCGAUCAAUCUUCGUGCGAUUAAAAGAAGGAGGCUACAGGCUGCGGGAGAACAUCCUGUUCCAUCUGUAUGUGAGCACCUCACCCUGCGGAGACGCGCGCCUUAACUCCCCCUACGAAAUCACAACCGACUUGAACAGCAGCAAGCACAUAGUGAGGAAAUACCGUGGGCACCUGCGGACAAAGAUUGAGUCUGGCGAAGGGACCAUUCCUGUGCGGUGCCACAACGCAGCGCAGACGUGGGACGGCGUCCUGCUGGGAGAGCAGCUCAUCACCAUGUCCUGCACAGACAAAAUUGCCAGGUGGAACAUCCUUGGGCUCCAAGGCGCCCUGCUCAGCUCCUUCAUCGAACCCAUGUACUUGCACAGCAUCAUUGUGGGAAGCCUGUACCACACUGGCCACCUCUCCCGGGUGAUGAGCCAUAGGAUAGAAGACAUUGGUCAGCUGCCAGCUUCCUACCGGCGCAAUCAGCUGCUUCUCAGUGGGGUGAGCCACGCUGACGCUCGGCAGCCCGGGAAAUCUCCCGGCUUCAGCGUGAACUGGGUCGUGGGGAGCGCGGAGCUGGAGGUGAUCAACGCCACCACGGGCAAGCGGAGCUGCGGGGGCCCCUCGCGGCUCUGCAAGCACAUGUUCUUCACUCGCUGGGCUAAGCUGCACGGCAAGCUGAGCACACGAGUACCAAGCCAUGGAGAGAUGCCAUCAGUGUACAGCGAGGCAAAGCUGGUGGCUCAGACGUACCAGUCUGUUAAGCAGCAGCUGUUUAAAGCAUUUCAGAAAGCUGGCCUGGGCACCUGGGUGAAGAAACCCCCAGAGCAAGAUCAGUUCCUACUAACUGUGUAAAUCACUCCCCACCUUUUCUACACGACUGGAUCAAACCAACUGAAGAGAAGGCAAGGCAGGACGAAUGAGCAGAGAGAAUUGAAGCAGUCUGAGAUUUAAUAGCAACCUCCAUGGGAAUAUUUGCUUUUAAUCCUGUAUUGGAAAUACAUAAGUAGAAAUGUGUCUGAUGCACUGAACUCAACUUUAGAAAACUGCUUUUUCAUUAUCCCUUCCCAAGAAUGUACCUGCCCAAAUUAUAAUGCCACCCCCACCAAGAUUCUGCUUUUUAUUGUUUAUUGCUGUUGGUUAUUACUGAUUUGAGGUGUUAGUGGGCCACCUGUCUGAUCCAAAAUAAACCUUUGUUUUCUCUCACACAAUCAAGUGCAAAAGUCAUCACUGAAUAAUGGAAAAUAGUGAGCAAAGAUGAAAGUACCCCAGGCACACAGCAUGACAGCAGGUCUCAGAGCAUCCAUAAUCAUCCACUAAAAAAGGUUCCUAACCUCUAUGCAAAAAUCAUCCUGUAAACUGCCUAAAUCUGUGAAAAAAAAUUUGGACCUCAAAGAAAUGCAGCAUUUUUAAACUGAUUUUUCCACUGGUGGCUCUGAGCACAAAGCCAGGCAUCAGGAUGCCCUUGGUUUUUACACUUACUCCCUCUGACACCUUGGACAAACCACUUCACAACAAAUCUUCAACUCUAGUCACAAUUUGCAUGCUGCAAAUUUUACUUGUCUGGCCCAGUUAAUCUCACAUGCCUUUCACACACCAGCCAGGAUGUAGAUCCUUGUCAAGGGGGUGAGUCCCCCCUGUGCUGCCUGCAGGGGUGCACAGCUCUGCAGGGGCUGCCAGUGAGGAGCAGUGUGUCCAUGCUCCUGGCUCUGGACCUUCAGGAAGAUACCUAAAGUCAGGCAGGCUGCAGCAGGACCCAGAGCCUCAGAUCUGCAAUCUCCUUAUGACCCAGAGCUCUGAAUUAAGUGGGUGUGAGCUCCGGAUGCUCCAUGCAUCUGAGCAAUCACCAGGUUGGGUACCCACAGGUAAGACAUCCCCAAACAAGAGAGCACAUUUGUUGCUUGGGUCUUCCCUGCCUCAGUUUCUCCACUUGCCAAAUGGGGAUAAAAAUAAAUGCUUCACAUCUAAGGAACUUGGCAGGAUCAAAAUGCUCUGGUCAUAUGCAACAGUGUAAACAGAGUUUGGCACUCCUGCAGUGAGUUUUACCUCUCCACACAGCCCAAUUGACAUAAGCACAGCAGAGGCAGCCACAGGUUUGGGUAAGGUCUUACUCAAUGCAUGAGCCUUCAGAUUCUAGCUCUGUGUAAAUGCCAAGUGUUAUUAUUACUCUUCAUGCUCAUCUGCAACCUGAAAAGCAGAUGGGGUUUUUCACUUUGGAGACAAGUAUCACCCAACAUUUAAAUAUUUUCUUCAUAUCUGGGCUGGGUCUCAUACGUAUACCCCCAUCUUUGAACCCUCCCAAACCUCAUCAGAAUGCAGAAGACACUGUCAUGGGAGAACUGAGCUUUGAUAGUCCUACUGCAAACCCAACCUUCAAACGCCCCGCACAUUUCUCUAAGUUCCUGGGUUUUUAGAUGACAGGAUUUGCAGGUAUAUAACUACUGUUUUCUUUUUAUUCCUGUGAUUGUCUUUAAAUCUGUAUAUAACAUGCUGCUACUGAUUUGUGAUAAUUGUCUUGGUAUUUUCUCAGAACUGUCAAGCUGAGUUACUUUUCAAACAACACAAGGCUCAUAUUUUUCCAUGUAAUUUCCUUUACACGGGAAACUGUUCCUAUCAAUAAAGAUAGAUGCUCUUUGUAUAGGGUUUAUCAUGUUUGGAGAGCCAUAUACAGUAAAUACAUUGUUUAUUGAUGCCCACAAUAGAAUAGCUACAGUAUUUUGAUGAGAUUUUAUUUUUAGAUUAUAAACUACAAGAUGUAUCUAUAGUGUCUUGUAUAAAAACAAUUGUGAUAAACUAGAAUUUUUAAAUUAGGUAAAACAAAGCUCUCCCCUCCCAGAAACCUUUUCAACAAAAUAAUACAUUCCAUAUUAACUACCAAAAAUAUUUUAAAAAAUAUCCUUAGAGUAGAAAUAGCUUAAAAAAAUAAAAAAAAAUUAAAAAAAGAAAAAGGCAACCAAAAACUGAGUCUUUUCAAUAAUGGAAACACUUUGUGGUAACCACUUUGUCAAUACUUUGACCACUUUGACAGCUCUUCUGAUUAACAUUUGAAUACUUUUGGCUUCCUGGCUUCCUUGAAUACCUUCUGGAGCUUCCAGGUACCUGCACAUGGUCCUGUCCUCUAACACAGCUGUUGCUGCAGACCUCCAGUGUGAUUUGGGCAGCAGAUGUGCCCAAGGGGCAGCGGGCAGGGGCCAGCCCACGGCUGGAGCUGUGGGAAAGGCUGCAGGGGACAGUGGUGGCCCCCGGGGCUUUGGCUGCUCCCACUGGGAAGAUAAACCACAGGGCAGCCAGAGAGGAAGACAAGGUUUCUCAUGCAGAGAUCCACAGGGCAGGGGGGAGCAUGUCUUCUGCUUUUCCUCUCUGAGUUAGUCCUUGUCUAGCACACGUGAGACCUCAGUGGCUCUUCCUUACAGCUCCCUGCCCUCACCCAUCCUCCUCCAGCCAUGGCAUGAUUUCAACCCAACUGAUGCAUUAUAAUUCCACCAGGCUGGUGUUGCAGCUACUGUGACAACAAAGCACCAUGCCUGGUUAUUUUUAAGGACAGAAAAAAGCGUGGCAGGAUGAAAUGAUCCUUUGUUGCAGGAAAUACAUAAAUGCAACCCUGGGUUCAGCUGCCAAAAUGAGUUUAGUAGUGGGAACAAAACUGAGUCCCCACUGCAAGUGGGCAUCAGCUGAUCUGAGUGGAGUUGCACCUGCUGGCACUAGGGUUGAAUAUGACCUUAAAUAUCUACUUCUUCUCAUUAUGUGCAACAACAGUGUGAUGGGACCCCAUCCCAGAAGCACACGACCUACACACAGCAUUUCCUGAAGCAAAGGAAAAAUUGCUCAGUAGUAAUUCUUUAGUGAAGAUUCUGUACAUAACAUGCAUGAGUGAAUGGCAAUACUGUACUAAUGGAUGUACAUUUGUAAUAUUUGUAAAAAAAAAAAAGAAACAAAAAAGAUGACAAAAGAAAAUAAAUCUGAAUUUACAUAUGUGAAUUUGCUGCUAAGUUCUGUAAAUUGCACUUCAGUGAUACCUGAUAAGUGAAUGUUUCUGUUAAGUGAAUAAAAUGCCAAGUAAAAUUGUUCUUUUACUGUUUA